GGUCCCUCGCCUCAAAGUCCUACGUUUGUAUUUUAUUUUACCUGCCCCACUCAUGCUGAUACUCGGUGGUGCUAAGCUGUCACGGCUUUCAACUUCUGUCCCAGACUACUAUAGUGCUGAGUCAAUUAGUUACUGGAGUCCUGAUGAUGGCGCGAGUCUACGCAUUAUACAACCAAAGCCGCCGGGUAAUGUGCAUGUUUAUAGUGAUCGGGGUUAUGGUUGUUGCAGUCGCCUGCUGGGCCAUCUUUUCAGUGACCCAUGUCACUCUCAAUAUCCCAGUAAUAGGGUGUGGUGAUCCUCUUCCGUCAGAGACAGCUACACGUCAAGCGAUAGCAUGGUGUGGUCAGCUGGCGUAUGACGUUAUAGUCUUUGUUCUCACUAUAUGGAAGACAUGGCAUAUUGGCUCGGUUGGUGGACGUCAUGUGAUCCACAUUCUGCUAUGGGAUGGAGCGAUGUAUUUUGGGAUUAUAACUGCGGCCAACCUUGGCAACAUCUUGACCUUUCUCCUUGCUCAGCCAGAACUGAACGCUUCUGCAUCGGUAUUCGCAAAUAC